UGAGAUAAUUUGAUGAGUUAAACUAAUUAGAUUUUAGAUGAAUAGUUUCAAAAAAAUUGGAGGAAAUAUUCCGCAGGGAGUAUAAACGAUUGGCAGGGAAUUCACCCGGCAACCAAUCUUCUUAGCCCUCAGCCGUAUGUACCCCCCGGCCCUCCCUUAUCAACCCUCCGUAAACCCUUGUUGAUGACUGCGUAUUAGUAGCUUGGUUUGUUCAAUUUUGAUCGAUACUCCCCCGCCAAAAUUUACAUCAGUUGCAGUUAACGCAUAUUGCGGGGUGCUUCCUGCAGCUUCUCACCCAGGCCAGACAACUGAGCCUUCCAACAGCCCGCAUAUUGUUCUGGUUUCCAUAUCAAGGUGCGAUCCCAUAUUUAUAGAAGAUGGUUGAACUAGCACGCCCCUUUCGCUUCAACGAGCGCAAGCGUGUGAUAAAUAAUUUCGCGAGAUUCGACGAGGAUGAGCUAGACAUCCAUGCCAAGGAAUCUGUUUUUAAAGCUGCACCAAGUGUUGUCUGUCUCAGAUCCUAUUCUGACAACAAGCAGUUAUUUAUUUGCUGUGGGAUCAUCGUGGAUUGUGAAAGUAGGUCUGGCACCUACAUUGCUACUAUUUUGACAUCUGCCACUCUCUUGCAGUGUUCACAUGCAGUUGAGUUAGCUAGUGAUCUAAAGAUUGAUGUGUAUAUGGUGGGUGGAAAAUCUGUUGAGGGCAAAGCUGUGGCAGUUGAUUUUCAUUAUAAUAUUGGUAUUGUGGAGAUCAACUCUGAUGCACCAUUCCUGUUACCCACCAUUAAGCUUGUCGAUGACACUAUGGACUUAGAUAUGAGUCUGCCUGAACUUCUCAAUAAUCGUGAUUCUGUUACUUCUUCAAAUCGGACACGUCUCUAUCCUGGUGAUAAGGUCUUCGCUUUAGGACGCUUUUUUGAAGACCCGUAUGAUAUCAUGGCUGCAUCUGGUAAAGUCAGCUUGGGUGGUUGUGGAUUUGAUUGUGUGGAGCUCUUCAAGGCAAGUUGCACAAUAAAAAAGAAUGGUAUCGGGGGACCUCUUAUCAAUGUGAAUGGAGAAAUUAUUGGAAUCAACUUCUAUGAACCAUCAUUCACUCCUUUUCUUCCAAUGAACAUAGUGUGGAAAUGUUACAACGACUUGAAGAGCCAUCGCCGCCCUUCACGUCCUUGGUUUGGAGCUGUGGUUAGUGAUUUUUAUGCAUCAUACUUGCACAAGUUGGAGAACGUGUGGAACAAGUUCCCACAUGCAGUGAAAGGUGCUAUUGUGAACAAGGUGCUACCAGAUUCUCCAGCUCAAAGUGCUGGACUGAGUGUUGAUGAUGUUAUCGUGUAUUGUUGCGGAACUCCUGUUGGAAGCUUAUUGAAGCUUACUGAAAUGAUGUGGGACAUGGAGGGCAUGCCUAUUGAGUUGGUAGUGUUAAGACCUAGCAGUGGCGAGGAACUGAAGCUCGUUGUGGAUGCAGUGAUGGCUAGCCCUACGGAAUUCAGGUGGCCAGUUCCAGAACCGGUGAUACUGAGGCGCAAUUAUUAUGGGCAAGCUUAUUAAAAACACGGCUCAUGUGUUCAAUAUGUUCCUUAUUCAUAAUGGUGUGGAGUAAUAUUAAGAUAAUAUUAUAGUACGUAAUUUAUUUGAAAAUAUUUAUUAAUUUUUAAAAUUUGUGUUUAUUCAUUAAUGGUGGAUAUGCAUGAUAUCCAUACGUAGCUUUUCUAAAGGGUUUUUAAAUUUAAAAAUUGAAUGAAGGGCUUGUGAGAAAUCUCUUUGAAAUUUAUUUGGUAUUACAUUGUUUGCCUUGCAUUCAUGGUUCGUCGUUGGAACAAUAAAAAAUAAUUUUAUUAUUGUGAU